GGCUCGAAUCAGCUGAUCAACGCUAGUGGCUGAAAAAGAGCAAAACACUCGAAGAAGACGAAGAAGUGGCAGCUCCUUUCUCAAUCGCGGUACUGAAUUAAUAAAGACCAGUGUGCACACGAUGACAGCUUUGCUUAUCGAUGAUACACAGCUGAUACACAGCUGAUACACAGCAAUCUACAGUGCAAUAAAAAAAAUUAUAUAACGGUUUUUUGUUUUUAAGAAAGAAGAUAAUAUAUAAAAUUGAGCGUAAAAGGAUACAUGACACGUAGUUCUCUUAAAGCAACGAGUGACUUAACACGCGUUUGUCUAAUGAUCUUUUUCUGUCUGUCGUUUUGAAUACAAAUUUGUAUAAAUGUUACGAAAGUGCAAUUUUGUCAGACAAUUUUGCGGUGCCGCAAACGCAUCUACGGCAACUGCUGCAGUUACGGGAACGCUGACUCGAUUGCAGCAACUCAAAACCAGAUUGCUGCAAGAUGAGCAGCAGCGUGAAAUACUUACAGAUACGUUUGGACGCAAGCAUACAUAUCUUAGAAUAUCCGUUACGGAGCGUUGCAAUCUUCGAUGUACAUAUUGCAUGCCUGCGGAAGGUGUCAAGCUAACUAAAAAAGAAAAUAUCUUAAGAACUGAUGAGAUAAUACAGAUAGCUGAUCUUUUUGUAAAAGAAGGAGUACGUAAAAUACGUUUAACAGGUGGCGAACCUACAGUCCGCAAGGAUAUUGUUGAUAUCGUUGAACGAUUGAAACAAUUGAGAGAAUUGGAGCAGGUUGCUAUUACCACCAAUGGGUUAACUCUGACUCGUCAGUUGCCGGCUCUUCAAAGAGCAGGACUGGAUGCUUUGAACAUAUCACUAGACACUCUGAAAGAGGAGCGUUUUGAAGUUUUUACUCGUAGAAAGGGCUGGGCAAGAGUCAUGGCUUCUAUAGACCUUGCUGUACAACUCGGUUAUAAUCCUGUGAAGGUCAACUGUGUGGUAAUGCGAGGACGUAAUGACGAUGAAAUAAUUGAUUUCGUCGAUUUUACGAGAGAUCGUCCAAUCGACGUACGUUUCAUUGAAUACAUGCCGUUUCAAGGAAACGAAUGGAAAGAGAAUAAAAUGGUUUCCUUCGACGAGAUGAAAAAAUUAAUUCGAAAGAAAUAUCCGGACUUCCAAGCUCUGUCGAAUUCUCAGCCUAAUGAUACGUCUAAAGCCUACCAUGUGCCGGGAUUCGUAGGUCAAAUUGGAUUUAUUACGUCUAUGAGUCAACAUUUUUGUGACUCAUGCAAUCGCUUGAGAAUAACAGCAGAUGGAAAUUUGAAAGUGUGCUUGUUCGGAAAAGAUGAGGUCUCACUCAGAGAUGCAUUGCGAGGUGGGGUUUCGGAAGACGAUCUUAAGGAUCUGAUCAGAAAAGCAGUAUUGCAGAAAAAAAAGCAACAUGCAGCUAACGUAGAUAAUGAGAUUUUCUACAAAAAAACGUAUAACGUCACGUCGAUGAGGAACAUGCAGUACAAAUAUUUUCCAUACGUGUCCACGUGCUUUAGGAAUAAGAGUAUAAGAAUGUAUUCGUCAUUGUCGCACAUAGACGAGGCCGGUAAAGCGAAUAUGGUGGAUGUCGGAUGGAAAAAUGACAGCAAACGCGUAGCAAAAGCAAAAGGAUUCGUAAAGAUAGGUUCUGUUAUCAGUAAUCUGAUCGCGGAGAAUAACCUGAAGAAGGGCGAUGUGUUGUCGGUAGCUCAAUUGGCCGGAAUUAUGGCGGCAAAACGUACUUGUGACCUUAUACCUUUGUGUCAUCCGCUCAUGCUGUCUUACGUGAACGUAUGUUUAAUUUUAAACGAGGAAUCGCACACAAUAGAAAUUACAUCGGAGGUUAGAUGUACCGGUAAAACUGGUGUCGAAAUGGAAGCUUUAACUGCUGUGAGUAUAGCUGCACUCACAGUUUACGAUAUGUGCAAAUACGCGGCCACUCCUGGUACGAUGCAAAUAUACGGCAUAGAAUUAAUAUCGAAAACAGGUGGUACAAAGAGUAAUUUUACAGUAGAUAAAAAAUAAAAAUCUUUAUUGCUACUGACGAGAUUACUUUGCAACAGUGGAUGCAACAUGGGAAUUUGUUAAUUAUAGUUUAUUUUUUAAGCAAUACAGUACAAGAUAUCAAAAAAGACUCAGAUAUGUCUAAAGUUCUAAGGAAAAAUCUACGAUCUUGCAGUAUAUUAAGUUUGAUAAUAUUUUGCUUUUAUAAAUGACAGUAUAAUCGUUUUUAUACAAAACUUCAUACAAAAUUUUAUGCAUAA